AUGGAAGCUGCAGCAGACGACUAUAGCAUCUCAGGGACUUUGCAAGACCUCUCGUCAUCUACGGACCGCUAUACUAGGCUGCAGGACCUCAAGGUAGACACUCCAAUAACUCCGCACCAUCCCUACGCCGUUUCGUCGCCGAGCACUGUUGGUCUGGCCGAUGAAGUACUCGCCUUGCUCCCAGCGCCAGAGUUUGAUCCUUCGAUGCUUGAUCCGCGGGUCGCUAACAGUGCGCUGGGUGCAUUUGUUGAUGAGUUCAUCCGGCCCGCCGCAGGAGCUGCGAUCGAACGAGUGGAAAAUGAGAAGUUAGAUGAGAUUGACACUACGAUGCGUGUCCCUGUUCCGGAAAUCGCUGACGAGCUGCUACCGCCGCCUUGGCUGCAAUACCUUGCCACUGGCAGCGUACUGAAUGCCCAGCGCGGGCUGCUGCGCUACAUCAAGCGAGAAAUGCUCAAGGACGAGUGUCUGUGGGGUGAAAUCUCAAAGCUUGAGCGGAGUCUUACGUGGGCACCGUUCCCGACGCGUCUCGGCAAGGUCCAGCUGACCGAAGAUGUGGACGAUGACAGGUCUGCUGAGCAGUACAUGGUGUCGCUGACUGUUGAAGAGCCUGUUGACCUGCACGAACUAGUGGGCACAACCGCAAGCCUCCGGAUACUUGAUAACCAAGAGAGUGACGAUGAGGACCUCGAAGACGCCGGCUACGAGAUGCAUACGGAACCUACAUUGGCUGAAGCCACCCAGUCCAAACUUCCAUCACUGCCCAUAGGCGAAGCAUUCGAUGGUAUUCCAUUGUCGACACCGACGCAUGCGCUCCUGAGACCACCAUCCCCGAAGCAAGAACGCCGGCUAAACAUGGAAAGCCUUUUACGGAAACGUAAACUGGAGCUCGAAGCGUCCGCUCAAAGCACAACACGCAGAAUCCUGGAGAUGGAGACUCUGCCAUCGCCAGAACUUGUGAACAAGCUAGCAGGGGCGGAUGCAUCAGCCACGGACCGCUUGACAUUCGAUCCCAGCCUUGGCCACAGCGGUCUCAUGGGCUUCUUGCAGACACGUGGCUACGGUGCCAGAGGGCCACAAGGCUGUGACUUCCACCUACAACGGCAGAAGACCGCUCCGGCUGCGAUCAUGGUGUCCCCUCUUAUUCACAACGGCGUGGAGAAGCUAGCGACGGACCCUACACCUGUGCCCGUCCCUGAGCUUGUGGAGCCCGAGCGGCCAAUGCAGAUAGCAGUGUCCAGCAAGCUCUCGGCGAAUCGUUCCUUCACCCGACGCCUGCAAACGCUGUUACCGAAUCUUGAGCUCAUUGAGCGCGACGAUCUUCGCGGGGGGUAUGCUAUAGCUGACAAGCAUGCGCAAACAAGCGGGCUGCAAGAGGCAGAUCUUACGGUUUCUCCUGCGCUUGGUGUCGUUCUCACGACGCUGCAGAAGCUGAAGCAACAGCCGCUCCCUGGGCAACAGAACUUCUUCGGCGUCCGUGAGCGCAUUGCUGUGAUCGCUCUUCGCUACGAAAGGGUAAUCGUAAUCGUCAGUGAAGGGUGCGAGGACCUGGUGCAUUCGCAAUGUCUGGAUGACCGAGCCUGCAGCGCACUGGCAGAGUUCAUCAGCUAUUCCUCAUACCUCAGUGUCGAGGCCAUGUACCUUCCGGGCGGCGAGAAGGAGCUGGUAUCAUGGGUUGCGUCAGUGAUCUCAAUCCACGCGGUCGACAUGGCUCAAGACGGUCAAGGCGUGGGGCUGCUGCAGGACGAGACGCUCUGGGAACGCUUCCUGCGCACAGCGGGGAUGAAUGCUUUCGCCGCCCAAAUCGUGUUAAGCAGAUUGAAGAAGGCGCACAACGAUAUGACCGCGAGCGGGAUUACCCUGUCGAGCAUACAUUCUGUCGAUAGAGAUGCAUUCGGCCUCGCCAUAUUUGUUACAAUGUCUGUGCGAGAGCGCAUACAGACGUUUGCGCCGUUGCUUGGUGGUGAACGGGUGUUGACAAGAGUAAGCGAAGUCAUAGAUAGGCGCUGGGUAACCAAUGCUGCGAUGAGAUAA